ACGUCGUAAAUAAAGUAAAAACAGUCGUAUCACGCGAGAAUGUGAGAUAGUGGUGUAAAGCUGUGUAAACACGCGCAUUAUCAUCAUUUCCGACUGUUCGUUGUCGUAUUUAUUCGAUCCGUUGCGGCGUCGUGAAGAAGCAGAACCUUCGUAGUUACGUACUCGCGAAUAAUCGCCAAUAAUAAUAUACCUGUUGACUAUUGUAACUAUUACCGUGAUCGGCCGGGAAAUAUUCUAGAUAUAUCCGUAGGUGUGCGCCGACGCCGUCGUCAUCGUCGUAGUUUCGGGUGGAAAAGCUGAGAGGAACCGUACGCGCGGGCUCAGCAGCGGCGGAUGACGACCGGGCACAGCGCAAUCGCGUAACGAUUUAUGUUUCCCGCCGCCGGUGGCCACCCGCAACAGUCGUCGUCGAGACGACGCCGCGCCGCCGUAGGUCUGACGUCUCACACGGCACCGUCUAACUGCGUACGCGACACUCGCAGUCUGCGGCAGUAGUGAGCAGUCCGUCGUCUACCGACGGUUUUUCCGUCUUUCUUCCGUCGAGGAGGCAGUCGCGUUUUGCGCUGGGUUUUCAUUGGUUUACGUCGCAUUUCCCGUCUUCCUGUCGCACAUUCAUUUCGUCCGUGACAUUUGUGUGCCAUGGAGGAAGCAACUUCGAACGACGUUGUUGACGACCGAAACCUCAGCAUGCAGAGUACCAUUGACCGUUUACUUCAUAUGAUAACCGAGGAAAGAGAUGAAAUGGUAUUGAAUUCAGUUUUAGCGUCUCUUCAAACCUUAUCAAAAUCUCAUUCCACACAAAUAGUUCAAAAUAUGAUACAUUAUAAACUUCAAAAUUCGUUGAGUGUCGUUGAAUCUAAAAGCUUGCUAUCUGCUAUGAAACAACUUUGUGAAAGCCACUAUGAUGAUUUUGAUAUAGAGCUUACAAAUAAUUUGGUUCAAUUUGCCACAAAUGAAAUGUUUAAGUCCUCAGACUCUCAGUUCCCAGCAUCAGAUAUGUUGAUCAUCUUAGGCCGAGGAAGAUCUGAUCAGAUAAUACAAAAUCUUAUGUCUCAUUUAAAAGAAGGCAUUCCUCCGCAUCCUUCUAUUAUAUAUUCUUUGGGGCACCUUGCUUCAAAUCACCCUCUUAAGUUUAUUAACUUUGUUGAUCCAUUCUUAUCAGCUAUUUGCUCGAUUUUACUUCUGACCAAAUCAGAUGCUUUACGUAAAAUUUAUGGCACAGCAAUUGGUCAGGUUUGUGCAUCUGUUAUUGAAUGUGAACCAUCAGAUAUAAAUGAAAUUAAACAAAAUUUGUCACCUAAAUUAGAAGAAAUAUACAAAAUUAUGAAUGAUGUCUGGUUAAUUUCCAAGGAUAUGAAGCUGAUUGAACAUAUUCUUGAUGCUUUAAGCUCAAUUGUUAUGCUGAUGAGUAUAGAAACAUUAAAUAGAGAUUGUAUACCAAUUUUGACUAAUAUACUAAGCUUGUAUAAAAAAUGUCUUUCUAUGGGCAUGUCUCGAUAUUGGGUUUCACAGUACUUGGCAAGUUUUUUAUCCGUGAUACCGGAAAUUAUGCUUGAACCAGUAAUAGAUAAUCUUUUUUCUAUAUUACAUGAAAUGGUUAUUGUAAUGCCAGACUAUGAUUUUCCAAUGUCUAUAAAAAAUCAUUCCGAAGUUCUAAGAUGUUACACUUAUUUAGGUAAACAUUUUGGUGACAAAAUAUGUGAACUGAUAUUACGAGACCUAAAAUCUAAUUCAGAACAAGGAAGAAUGGGUGCUUUAUUGAUUGCAUCACAUUUAUUAAAUGCUUCCAAUCAGAGUAUUAAAGUAAAAUCAUCAGAAAUUAUUCCGAUUUUGUAUGAUCUGCUGAAAAACAAUAGCUCAUAUCAGAUGAAGAACUUAUUAGUAAAAAUUUUUAUAUGCUUUGCAUAUCAAGGACAUUUAACUGAAAAGGAUGAUUAUUUUAUUGAGUUUUUGAUAAAAAAUAUUUGUUAUUAUGGUCCAUCAAAUAAUAAAUAUUCUACUGAUAAUGAUGGGCUCUUAAUAAAACAAACUUGUGAAGAUGCAAUAUAUAUUCUGUGUACAUCUAUAGAACCAGUGCAAGUAUUAUGUUGGAAUAAGUUAUUAACAUUUUUACUAAGUAAUGAAUAUGAAAAUGCUGUACCAUCAAUUACGCGGUCUUUAGCACACAUGGCCACCAAAUCACAUUUAAGAUCUAUAAGAUUUGAAAAAGAACAAGAUUUGAUAAUUGCACGAUGUCUUUUUUUGUUAUGUCAACCAUUCAGAGAUAACAGGGGUAGUUAUGUUAUAAACUUCUUAUUAAACUAUGGCUUUUAUGACUUAUCAGAUAAUGAAAAAGAGUUUUGGACAAAACACGCUGAGGUGUUGACAAAUUUUCUGGAUUCUGCAUCUGAAAAAAGUGAAAAAGAUUGGGAAGUUGUUUUGUUAAGUAGACUCAGCAUUAUAUUAGAUGAAUGUACACUUAAUAAACAUUGGUGCUUAGCAUUAGUUGGACAACUGUUUGAUGAACUAAUAAAAAACAGUGAAAAUACAAAAAUAUUUUCUUCAGAUAUGUUUUUAAUGGUUAAAAUAAUUUCAUAUGUUGCUGCUUAUUUCGAUUCUGAAGAAUUAUCCCUAACAAAAAAACUACUGUAUUUUAUUUUUCAAACUCUUUUAAAAACGUCAUUUGAAAAUAGUCACGAAUUUUCUAGAGCUAUUGGUGUUUUAAGCCAAGCUCAUACUGGAAUAGUGGUGAACAAAUUAUUAGAAUUUACCAAAUCUGAAUUAACCAAACAGCCAAAUAAAUUUUUAGUCCUUAUUAGAGACAAAGGUAAUGAAGUGAAUAGAGAUAAAAUUCGAUCUGCUAUUUCCAUAAUUAUACCUGAUAUAGUGAAGAAUGGAAAGCUUCAAAGUGUUAUUUAUAGCAUGUAUGAUAUUGUCAUAUUGGUUACUCACCAAAUUACUUUAACAAAGAAUUUGGAAACUAAAAAAUCAUUAGUCGAGUGCCUCCAAGUAUUAGCAAAUGUUAUGAGUAAUGUUGAGAUUAGUGACACAAUACCAAAUUUAGCAAUUAUUCGUGAUACGGUCAUUAAGAACUUAGUAAAUCAAAUUGUAAACUCAAAUUUAAUAUCGGAUUAUAUAUAUUAUCAAGUUUUGGCAUCUUAUAUUAAACCUGUCCCACACAUUGAACCUAUAGAUUUAAGUACAAGGACAUACAUCAUAACAAAAUGUGUUGAAAAGAUAUUUCUACUCUCAUCAUCAGAGAUUGUAGACACUGAUGGACAGCAAACAAUAUUAACAUUAGGACAUCUAUGUAAAAUUCUUGAUCAAUUGCUUAUAAUUAGAAGUGGGUCCUUUGAAGUAGUUGAUGAAAUUGUUCUUAUACUAGAUCCAUACAUAGUAUCACAAAAGAAACAGCAAAGAUUUAUCGCUGUUUAUUUACUGCAAAGUGUUUUGAAUUGCUAUUAUAGCCAUAGUAAUUCUCAGUUAACAAAUCUGCCUAUCUGUUUGAAUUCGUCUGCACCCUUAUUUGCAAAAAUGUGUGUGCGUAUUGCUGAGCCCGAUCUUAAAAUAAGUCUUAAUGUUUUUAAAUGUUUGGAUGUUUUACUUAAAAUAACUGCUGUAUAUAAAGGGACUUUUACUGAAAGUUAUAUAAAUGAAUCUGAAUUUGUAGAUAAAAUACUGUACAGCAAUAAACCCGAAUCAUGCAGAAAUCUUUUGGAGGCUAUACAAAAAAUAUUAAAACCAUCAGAUUUACCUGUGUUUUGUAAAUUAUUAAUUGAUGGUUUGAACGACCAUGAAGAAAAAUGUCAAUUCAAAACUAGUGAAAUAUUAAAUAUAUUAUUCCCAAUUGUUGCUCAACAACUUAAUCAGAAGGCCUGUAAUGACAUUUUAAAUUAUUUAUUUAAAGAGCUUGAAAACUCCAAUGAUAUCAUUAAGGCAAACAAUAUAAAAGCGUUGAUUACUUUUGGAAAGUUUAUCAAAUCUGAUUUUAUAGAAUUACUUAUUAAUCAAAGCCUGCCAUUUAAUAAGACUGUAUGUGCUAUUUGGCAAUCUUUAGGGAAAGAUCAAAUGUGUUCCCAGAUUAUAGAUACACUUAUAGAGUUCAUUACAUUAACACCAUUGUAUGACACAAGUACAAAACAGUUCUUAAACAAACCAGUUGCUUCGCUAAUUCCUAUUUCAGCACUCAGUGGUUUGAAUGAAGUGUUAAAACAAAUUUCUUACGAUUCAGCUAUAAACUCAUUUCCAAAACUUUUUAAUAUUAUAUUUUUGACUUUUUCUGCAUUGAUUGAUGUCCGUUCACCCAUAAGAGGGACUAAUAAGAAUUUAUUUGUGUCUUUUAAAGAAGCUUAUGAUAUUAAUCCUGCCAAAAUUGCUCAUAAAACAUUAUAUCAUUUAUUCAAAUCUAUUAAAUUAGAAGAAUGUUCCAAUCAUAUAAUGCAAUCAGGAAAUUGCUUGGAUACUACAGUUGAUAUUAUAAUGCAUAAAUUAGGACCAUGCAUAAUAAAAGGUUUAGUGGAAACUCAUUUUGAAUUGAUCUCAAAAAUAAUUAGUAAUUUUGACCAAAAUUUAAACAAUACACUAGAAUGUCAACGAAUUGCUAUUGUAGUAUUAUGUUUAUGUUGUACAGAAACCGUAACAUCUGAUGUUAAAUAUACAACUAAUUUAAUAAACAUCUUCUUAAAGUGCUUAAACGAUACCUCUUAUGAUAUAAAAAAGUACUGUUUAAAAGGUCUUACAGUAAUUUGUCAACAUCAGCAAAUUUUGUCUGAAAAUCAGUCUCAAUACAUACUCGAUGCAUUAAUGCAAGGUCUUGAUGAAUAUCAAACACUACAAAGUGAUGUUACAUUAGAAGCAUUACGUGGCCUUAUAUCAUUAGUUCCUCAUUUAUCAUUAGAUAAAUUUGAAAAGCAUUAUACGACAUUGACAUUUCGUAUAAAACAAUUUUUUGAGAAUGAAAAUAAUGAGAUGCGUUAUACGUCCAUAAGACUUUAUGGUGAGUUGUGUUCAAAAACAAAAGAAUUUAACAUUCAAGUGGAUAUGUCAUUACAUCAUAGCAAUAUGGUUACUUUUUUAUUGCAUUUGUGUGAAAAUGAUACAAAUAUUGUCAAGGCCUGUAAAUAUUCAUUGAAAAAGAUAAGCAUCUUAUUACAUUCUGAAAAAAUGAUAACCAUGACCCACAAUCAUUUGAUUGAAGAAGGAAGAUUGAAGUAUACGGAAUUUAUCACUCAAAUGUGUAAAAUUAUGACUGAUGAAUUUUUAUCUCAUGUGACCAUUUAUACUAUGGUUGGAGUAUCUUACUCAAAAAGCAUUUUUCCUGAUGUAAGGGCCAAUGCGGCAUUAUUUGUCGGUUCGUUGUAUAAAGCUAAUCCAAGUAAAUCUUCCUUUGACUUGAUAUCAAGCAAAAUGUUAAAUCUUACGAUUGAUCCAAAUCCUAAAGUCCGUACUAGUGCCGUUGCUUGCCUCGGAAAACUUUACGAGUAAACAUUUUUAGCUUAAUAAAUGUCAAUUGUUUAUGUUUUUCUUGAUUGUCUAUUUCUAUUUAAAUUAUAUUAUCUCUUUAAAUAUUUAUAGUAGUUUCAGUCAUAGAACUGUUCAAUUUUAAAUUGUAGUCGUAAGUAGUAAAAUACAAACACAAUUUAAAUGUAUUCAAAGUUUUUUUUAACUAUUAUUGUUUUGAAAUAUUUUAUGUGUUAAUGUUUGUGUGUUUUUUUUUUUAAAUGUUUAUCCUAUAAAAUCUAUGUACACAUAUACAUUCAUCUGUUUAUGAUUAUGGAGUUAAUCAAAAACUUGAAUAAUACAAAAAGGUGUGACUGUCGAAUUUAAAAAUGUUAUUAUGAUUAAGAAGUAUCAAUAUAUGGUGAUUCAUUUAUCUCAAACAACACAAUAUCGUGGGAAAUAUCCCAACAUUUUUAAACAUUUUAUCACAUUCGUAAUAGUAAUAAUAAUUGUGUUCAAAAUGUCAACAAUUAAAAACUAUUAUAAAAAUAUUCGAGUUAACAAUUUCAGCUUGAUUUUAAAUAAUUAUAAGAAUCUCAUAUGCAUUAUAUAAGAACAUGUCAAAAUGUUCAAAAAUGUACUUUUCUUUUUAAAUUUAAAGUAAUAAAUAUAAUUACUAUUGUUAUGAAAAUAUAUUGAUUUUGUUUCAUUUUCUUAAAAUACAAAUUUUUAUUUUCAUUAUUAUAACAAAAAAAUAAUAGUACAAACUGCUUUAAAAGAAUCACCAUGUAUAUCAAAACUAUUCCAUUAUUAUUAAAUAAUAUUUUGCAAAUUACAUAGUUUUUGUUUAAAUUGCUUCUAUGUUGGCUUGUUUUAUUUUAUCUCAUGAAUUAUACAUUUUAGUGUUGCCAUUUCCCUUUGGUUGCCAUAUUUUGGAAAUAUUAUUAUGUUCAUGUUGUACAUUUAAGGCAGUGGUUCUCAACCGGUGUUCUACGGUACAUGUGUAUAUGUUGUGUCGGUGUGAAUAACUAUUUUAUGAAGUGUCCAGGAUAAGAAUCUUAAUGAUCAACUUGUUUAUAAUUUAUAAAAAAAAUGUAUUUUUAUGAAAUGGGUUUGGUUUUGGGGAUGGUGUGAGGCUUUGCUAUCCAUAUUAACAUGAUAACAAUUCGUAGGUCGCUUCAUUGAAAUAAAAAAGUUCACGCCGCUACUGUUGUACAUUUGUAUUGUAUCAUUAUUAAAAUUAGAAAUUUCCCAGUACUUAAUUUUUAUUAUCAAUAACGAUUAUUAUAUUUUGUUACAUUUAUUGUUUAGUGGUCGCCAAGUUAUAGGUUAACCUAACCUAACCUAUGAAUAACUAUUAGUUGUUAGAAGUAAAUAUUUUCUAAACUAGUCGUGGUUUUAAUAAAACAUUUUUAAAUUAACAUUAUUUAUAAUUUAUAACUUUUACAUACUAUAUAUUUUAAUAUAAUGUUCCAUCUAAAUGUAUUAUUAUGAAAAAUGUGCCGGGAACAUAAAAAAGUUGAGAACCACUGACUUAAAGUGUAGUUCUUACAUUAAAUACUACCAAUGUAUACUACAUAUUAUGUAAUAUUAAAGUUAAAAAUAAAGUAUAUGCAAAAAAAAUGUGUUUUUGAUACA